CUCCACCAAUGAGACUUUGCAAACCAGAGCUGCACUGAAAACAUUUGUGUCCUCAUUGUUCUCUCCACAGAGCGACAGGCUUCUGAUCAAAGGCGGCAGGAUUGUGAAUGAUGACCAGUCCUUCCAUGCUGACAUCUACAUGGAGGAUGGCCUCAUUAAGCAGAUUGGUGACAACCUGAUCGUGCCUGGCGGGGUCAAGACCGUCGAGGCCAACGGCAGGAUGGUGAUCCCCGGCGGCAUCGACAUCCACACCCACCUCCAGAUGCCGUACCGUGGAACCGCCACCGUGGACGACUUCGCUCAGGGAUCGAAGGCCGCGCUCGCCGGCGGCACCACCAUGAUCGUGGACCAUGUGAUCCCAGAGCCCGGCAGCAGCCUGAUGGAGGCCUACGACCAGUGGAGGCAGUGGGCGGACGAGAAGAGCUGCUGCGACUACUCGCUCCACGUGGACAUCACCCACUGGGACGACAGCGUCCGGCAGGAGGUGGACCACCUCAUAAAGGAGAAAGGCGUGAACUCGUUCCAGGUCUACAUGGCGUACAAGGACUAUUUCCAGAUGAGCAACAGUGAGCUCUAUGAGGUCUUCACCUUCUUGGCAGAGAGAGGAGGCAUCGCUCAGGUCCACGCUGAAAACGGGGAGAUCAUCGCCGAGGAGCAGGCUCGAAUGCUGCAGAUGGGCAUCACAGGCCCAGAGGGACACGUUCUGAGCAGGCCAGAGGAGCUGGAGGCCGAGGCGGUUUUCCGGGCCAUCACCAUCGCCAGCCAAACCAACUGUCCUCUGUACGUGACCCGCGUCAUGAGCAAGAGCGCCGCCGACAUCAUCUCGCAGGCCCGGAAGAAAGGAAAUGUUGUGUUUGGAGAACCAAUCAGCGCCAGCCUGGGGACUGACGGGACGCAUUACUGGAGCAAGAACUGGGCCAAGGCAGCUUCUUUUGUAACCUCACCCCCCCUCAGCCCCGACCCCACUACCCCCGACUAUCUGAACACACUGCUGUCCAGUGGAGACCUGAGUGUGUCAGGCAGCGCUCACUGCACCUUCAGCGUGGCCCAGAAAGCCAUUGGCAAGGACGACUUCACUCAGAUCCCUGAAGGCGUCAACGGAGUGGAGGAGCGGAUGACUCUCAUCUGGGACAAAGCUGUGACUACAGGUAAAAUGGAUGAGAACAUGUUUGUGGCCGUCACCAGCACCAACGCAGCCAAGAUCCUGAACCUCUACCCUCGGAAGGGCCGGAUCGCCGUGGGCUCCGACGCCGACCUGGUCAUUUGGGACACAGACUCCGUCCGCACCAUCACUGCCAAGACACACACCUCGGCUGCUGAGUACAACAUCUUCGAGGGCAUGGAGCUGCGCGGAGCCCCGCUCGUGGUGAUCUGCCAGGGGAAGAUGGUCCUCGAGGACGGGAACCUGCACGCGACCUCCGGCGUGGGCCGCUUCAUCCCCUGCUCCCCCUUCCCCGACUUCGCCUACAAGCGCGUCAAAGCCAGAAAGCAGCUGGCCGUCCUGAGGGCAGUGCCCAGGGGGAUGUACGACGGUCCGGUGUCUGAGUUCUCCCUGUCCCGUGGUGGAACCCCCUCGGCCUCAGCACGGACCUCUCCCACCAAGCAGCCCGUCAGAAACCUGCACCAGUCUGGGUUCAGCCUAGCAGGCCCCCCUACUCCAGACGACAUCCCCAUCAGGCCCGCGGGCCGGCGUAUCGUAGUGCCCCCUGGCGGCCGUUCCAACAUCACGUCCCUCAGUUAAACAGCAGACGGACGAGGGGACGGGUGCUGAAAACGACAGCGGCCAGACUGCAGGAUGUGGGGGGUGGGAUGGGAGGGACAAAGGGGGAGGGGAGGGAGGAAAGGGGGAGGUGCAGAAGAUCAUGAUUAGUUAAAAGUUAAGAGCAAAACACUGAAUCCUCAUGCCUUACCUGUCACAAUGCUACCUUGCUCAGAUGAGAACAGUAUCCCUUUUCCUAGCGUUGUUGAGGGUUGACGUCACCACCAAGACGUGACACACACACAAACCCGUCCUCUCAUUACAGAAAACGAGACAUAUCAACAGUGAAACCAUCUCAACACGGUGCUCUGCUAAUGGGGAAACGCCCCAGUCGGCUUCACGCCGGCGCAUUCGACCAGAUGUGUCCUCAGAGGAAAAAGGAUAGAGCCUUUCUCAGAAUGAUGCUGUUCUUUCAUCCUGUCUGGCUUUCAGUGUCGCCCCCUUUUCAGUAGCCUGCUUCCUCCAUAGUCAGGAACACACAGUAACACUAGACCCCACACUAGCCACGAAUGACCAUGCAGUACCAUGAGUUAGCUUUAGCCGGCGUUGUAUAUACGGUAGAUGUAACGUAGCUUUGUGAUGGAUGUUGUUGCAGACAGUUUGGGUUCGUUGGACCAAGUGAGACGCGUUCAUCAAACCUUAAAGCGGGAGCGCUGACGGACGUGGAGCUGCAUGGGCCACAUAGACAUGGGUGACGUGAUCCACGAUCCUGUUGCAUCCCAACCUCUAAGGAAUUUGAUGAACCCAUCUAUUGAUUACAUGAUUUUUGAUGUUAAAACUGAAAAGUAGACAUGUGUGUUUAUGCAAAAAAAACUUUAAUAGAAAGGAAUAGAAAACACUGUAAAAAGGGUUUUAUUAUUCUUUAUUCCCAUCAGGUUCGUCUUUUUUUUCUUGCACGUCAUCACCACUAUAUAAAACAUGCAAAUAUCCGUCCACUGCGUUCGCUUCUAGCUUAUUGCCUGUUUCCGUCGUCCUCAAAUCAUCAAUUUAGCUAACUUUCAAUUAUCUGCAACUACAAUAAAGCAAAUGAAAUGACUGGGCAACAAGAACCUGCUUUCAAAUUACAGCUCUUCACCUCUGGCUUCACUUUUCUAUUCCAGGCAAACCAGGCUCUCAACACAGAGAACCACCGUCGUUCUUGCUGAUCGGUGCAAAUUCAGCAGCAGCCUGAGUAAAACCGAGGCCAAGUCAAUGAUCUUAAAUCUCCGAGCUCUUUUUUACGCCUCAGAGCGUUGCGGUGCUGGGAAGCCUGAGGGGGGGCAGGGGCGCGUUGGGUUGUUGGUGUGGCAGGCACAAGCGGCGGCUUGUUGUAUUUAUGCUGGUUGGACAACAUUUGUUGUUGUUUUUAUGUUGUUUCUUUUUUACAGUUGUAUCAAAACCCAGAGAUGACAGGUCAAAAUUAAAGGUGUGUUGUGGAGGUGUGAAUCGUUUCCCGAAUAAACACGAGUUGCAACUGACUGAGA